AAUUUGACAUUCCCCCUGUAAUGUCACCCUCGUGACAGUCAUCCGGCGCCCCGUCCAAAUUCCACGUAUAAAAAAUGAUCGAUUCGUACGAAAAUAAUUACAAACAGAUCGACGACAUAAUAGACGAACGAAAAAAAUAUGCCUAUUCCAGUGCCGCCACCACCAGCGAGAAGUUCAUACGCUUCGACGACACGGCCAUGGUGAGCGAGGGCGACUUCUUCAACAGCCACGAGCUCAAGUCGACCGACUCGGAGGUGACGGUGGUGCGGGUGCGCUGCGACGGCCUCUCCUUCAAGCGGCGCCCCAGCAAGUGGGACAUGCACGACAUCGCCAUCCCCGGCGACGGCUCGCACCUGGGGGAGAGCCCCUCGAUGGUGAACCUGGCCACGCUGGUGCAGCAGAACGACGAGUACCUGGUGCCGCUGUCCUCCUGGGACCCGUACUACAGCAAGCAGGAGGAGAGCAGCGGGAGCGCGGGCUGCGGGAACGACUUGAAGGAGGAGAAGGUCUCGGACGAGGAGUGCAGCAUGAGCGCGAGCCAGGCCUCGGAGGAGAACAGCCUGAGUCUGGAGAGCAAGGCGUCGACGAACAGUCGGAGGCCGAGUUUGGCGGGGAGGAUUUCGAAAUUUUUGAGGCGGCACUGCAAGAGGGCGAAGACGCUGCCGGAGCCGUACCAACUUAACAGCACUGAACGAACGCAGAAGAAAGAGUAAUUGGGGUUAUGGAGGGUAAAUUGUGUGUGUGGUUCUCUCGGAGACAGUUUUUAUUACUAUUACAGGGAUUUUGGUAAUAAAUUAUUU